AAGGAGCAGAGGCCAUUCACGCACACAUACUCACACUCGCAUUAAAAGCCACUCGGGAACACUUUUCCACACGCUCCGUGGGCGAUGGAUGUGUUGCCACAGGGGAGGGACGGAUGAAGAGCCGAGCCAGGAAGGGAGCGACCCCCCCCUCCUCCCUUGGAACCAAGGGACACAGUAGCCAGUCAGAGUGUGAGCGAGGAGUGGACUGCACACUUUUGACUCCCUGGAGAAAGGAUUCACAAUGAACUUAUACGAGGGAAUGGCUUUUUGGAAUACUCGGACCAUGUGAUGCACGAGGCAGAUCUUUGUCACCCUUGAAACUUUGUCACCAUGCCAACCGAUGACUACAGCUAUCUACCCGAUGCGUUGCCACCUGUACCCGAAGUCCCGGACUCUGGCUCAGUCCUGAGCUCCAGCGACAUCCCCGCCCGUUGCCUCGGCAACCCGGCCUUCCGUUACCCCUCCUCGCGCAAUUGCUCAGCCCACAGCAUGGACUCGUCUCUGGACAGCGCCGAAAGACCCGUCAGCUACAGCUCCACCUCUUCCUCCGCUUCCUCCCGGGACAGUCACUGCUCGCUGGGCAGCCGCUCCACCCUUGUCCACACCCCCCACUGCAACCCGGUGAACUCGGACCCGGACUCCGGGGCCAUACGUCUGGAACUGGUUCCCGCCCGGCAGCUGGGAUGCGGAGAGGAGGACCCCAGAGAUGACGGAGGGAUGGAAACAGGAAGGCAGCCGGGCAGGAAGGGCACUGAACAGACACCGACGGAUCACUCGGAACCGGAGCUGGGUCUCGACGGGGGCAUAGAACGGAUCGCUCAGGUGCAAGGACCCAGGACAUAUGUGGACCGUGUGGUGCAGGAGAUUCUGGACACAGAGAGAACCUACGUCCAAGACCUGAGAAGCAUCGUGGAGGACUACUUGGAGAUCAGCAACCAGGCUCGGCUGGGUUUGAGCAAUGAGGACAAAGGCUCACUAUUUGGCAACAUCCGGGACAUCUACCACUUCAAUAGGGAUUUGCUUCACGAGCUGGAAAAGUGCAACGCGGACCCCGUGGCCAUCGCCGAAUGCUUCGUAUCGAAGAGUGAAGAAUUCCACAUUUACACUCAGUACUGCACCAAUUACCCAAGGUCGGUGGCUGUGCUCACCGAGUGCAUGAGGAACAAGGCGUUGGCCAAGUUCUUCCGCGAACGGCAAGAAUCUCUGCGCCACUCCUUACCCCUGGGCUCCUACCUGCUGAAGCCGGUGCAGAGGAUCCUCAAGUACCAUCUGCUGCUUCACGAGAUAGCCAACCAUAUGGAGAAGGACACGGAGACGUAUGAGGUGGUGCAGGAAGCCAUAGACACCAUGCAGAGAGUAGCUUGGCACAUCAACGACAUGAAGAGGAAGCACGAGCAUGCUGUGAGGCUGCAGGAAAUCCAAAGCUUGCUGACGAACUGGAAAGGCCCCGAUCUGAUUGGCUACGGCGAGCUGGUCCUGGAAGGGACGUUUCGACUGCAGCGGGCUAAGAACGAGAGGACGCUCUUCCUCUUCGAUAAGCUUCUGCUCAUCACGAAGAAACGGGAGGAAACGUUCACGUAUAAGGCUCACAUCCUGUGCUGCAAUUUGAUGUUGGUGGAAGUCAUCCCGAAAGAGCCGCUGAGUUUCAGCGUGUUUCACUACAAGAAUCCAAAACUACAACACACGGUCCAGGCCAAGUCCCAGCAAGAUAAACGCAUGUGGAUCUUGCACCUCAAGAGACUCAUACUUGAAAAUCACCCUGCCAAAAUCCCUGCCAAGGCCAAACAAGCCAUCCUGGAGAUGGAUGCAAUGCACCAUCCUGGAUUCCAUUACAGUCCUGACGGUGAAAAGAAGGAUUCCCCACGCACCAAAGAAGGCCCCACUCCUCGCAGAGGACGUAGAAAAGAACCGCUAUCCAAAAUACUGAAGAACGCCAAGCAGAAUGCAGCCAACAGCGACGGCGAGAAGCGAACAAGUCUGGGCUCGAGUUUGCUCUCUCCCGUGUCCCAGCUGGCUCUGGGGACCAUAGGCCGCAGCCGCAGUCUCAUCAACCAGUCGCAGGAGUCGUUGGACCCCGCUGACCACUACGACCACAGCGAUAGAGAUGAAGGGGAGGAGCCACACCAGCAAGAUGCGGACGAUGAGGACGAGAGCAUCCUGGGUGGUGGAAAGAGGUUACGAGUCCCGGGGAAAGGCAGUCGGAAGAGGCUGAACCCUCAAGCAUCGGUGGACAGUAUCGAGCAGUGGAAAACCUUCAACAUGAGCCCUUCAGAUCUUCAGAGAGCCAGGGAGUCUCUCGUAAGGGACGGGAGCCACCAUCCGCCGCUCCGCAGGACCGCUCGUGUGACAGAAGAACCUCCAGAGUCGCCCGUCCCAUCGGUAGUCGUGACAGAUAACGAUCAUUCCGUUCGAAACAUCUGGGCGGACCACCGCGCUCGCAGGGCCAUGUUCCCCACCAGACAGCGAACCGUGCACCCGGACGACGAGGAUGACGACAUCUACCAGACGUUCGUUCCCACUGAGCCGAGCGGACCGGAACCGGACUUACCCCGUGAGGGAUCGGAGGCUACUUCGUCCCCGCGGACCGCCCGGCCUUGCAGCUGGCACGUGGAGCAGAUCCCCUCAGUCCAGGUUGAACCUCCAUCCGGUGACAGCAGGGUUCUUCGAAGGGCGAGCAGCGUCGGCGAGAACGCCACCAAGGCUCGCGAAAGUCCAGAUGACAACCAGGUCGGCGGCAACUUGGAAGUGAUUCACACGGAGUCCUCGAGCAAUGACAUGUCGGGAUCGUCAUCAGCCGAGCAGCUGACCACGGAUGACAUCGAAAACGUGUACGACAACAUCAGCUACGAGGACCUCAAAAAAAUGGGCCUGAUCAGAAGAGACUUGGACCAAUGCCAAGCACGGAAAGAACCUCCUUCUGAUGCACAGUGUUAUCAGAGCCAAGCAGCUCGGCCACAAAAUGUUCCAGAUGCCCUCGGCACCUCAGAGCCCAUCUUUAAAUUAGACAGAUGUUCCAAAGAGCACAUUCAGUUCUCCACCCAGGAAGGAAGUCCCGAGCUCAAGAUAGUCGAGGAGAACAUCUACGACACUAUUUGUUUUCGGGAUCCUCCAUCGAUGGAAAACAAAACCGAUCUGGUGACGUCAGAGCAGGACUUAACGUUUGUCUCGCAGGAGAGCCUUAACUUUGUCCCGUGUUCCUCAGAGCCAGAGUGCUCAUCAUCAUCUGCUUCGUUGGGCUCCCGACAGUCACGGAAAGGCGCCAAAACAUCAGAGCGCGCCGACGAGCUCUGGGUCGACCUGGAGAACUACAUCAGGAGCAACGAGAAGAAAGCCGACCGACUGCCCGCCGCCUUCCCAGUCAGUGCCGGUGAGUCGGCCAAGGAGCGAUCGUCAGUCAACGGCAGUCCAACCAAAAAGUCUCCUGUGGCCAGUCAACCGAGACACCCUCCCGUGCGCUCUUCACAAUCCUUCAACAUCCCCGCCAUCAACCUCCCUGACCUUCAAAGUGACGGAACCACCGAAGACCCAAGUCCUGUUCCCACUCCGGUCUUGCCAGAGCCUCAGCCGGGGACAGUGAAGAGCAUGCGUAACAGACUCGCCCGCCUCAGCAGCGGUAGCUUCCGGCUCGAGGACGACGAUCUUGUAGAACUUCCUCCAAAAACACCUCCGCAGGGGGAUAAUCCCAUCAAGGAUAUCCACCGUCUCUUCCCGGGGCAACUGGACUCGCCGCUGGCCUCUUCUUCUCUCCUGCUGGGAGAGUCCGUAGACUUCCCGUUAGAACUUAUGGACAAAUCUAAGAAUCGAGUCUUUUUGAUGGCGCGGCAGUAUAGCCAGAAGAUCAAGAAAGCCAACCAGCUGCUGCGCAUGAGGAGCAUGGAUCCCGGCGACUCUUGUAGCCGAGCAAGAGCCGACAGGAGGCAGAGAGACCUGGCGGCCAUACUUGAAGAAAAAAAACAAGGGGGAGCCGCCAUAGGUGCCAGGAUCGCCGAGUAUUCCCAGCUUUACGACCAAGUCGUGUUCAAGGAGUCCUCGGCGACGACGCACCACGCUCAUCCAGGUCUUUCCUCCUCUCCAUCCAUGCCCGAGACCUCCCUGGAGGAGGAAUGGCUCCACUCCACCUACAGCAACGGCGAGCUCUCCAACUUCAUGUCGUCCGCGGGCGACUUGCGCAACCCGCGGGGCGCUUCCACCCCUCAGCGCAGACUCGCCUCUUCCUGCUCCAUCCCGUCGCUCAAGACCUCACCGAGCAGCCCCCCGCCGUCCCAGAGGUGGAGCUCCUGCAUAUCGGCACCGAGCGAGGAAGAGGAGCACGUCUACAGUACGAUCAAGAGACAUCCUUCCUUGAACGCACCGUCCUCGCCGUCUCGGAACUGUCAGUCGGCUAGCUCGCUAAUUAGCGAGCAACCGGAGAAAACACAAUUUAAAUGUAACGGGUCGACAGAGAGACUCCACCGCCCCAGUUUGGGCCGCGCCGGUCGACAGAGCAGCCUCCCCGAGAGGUCCACCCAAGGCGAAUCGGACCUCACCUUACACGACGGCCAACACGUGGUGGUCCUGAACCGAGCGUCGGCCUUGAGCAUCCUCGCCGCCACCCAGAACUACUUUGCCAACUUUAAGGACAACGGCGACGACGACGACUACGUGGAGAUCCGCUCGGAGGACGAAGUAGAACCGGAGCGGGGCGGGCUGGCGACGGCUGAUCCUACCUACCAAAACCGGGUUCUGGUCCAUUCGCGUAGUUUGCCCGGCACGCCCGUGCGCUCCAGCGACGCGUUGAGAUCUCUGGAACGUGAACAUCUGGAGAAAUACCUGUGGAGCGAACCGCAGCAGAACCAGCCCAACAUCGUCCAGUCUCUUCGGGAAAAAUUCCAGUGUCUGAGCUCCACUAGCUUUGCCUGACCUCACAACCAAAAUAUUUACACGCUAACAUACCGUACAUACAAACUACAAAUAAGGGAUCUUACUACUACUACUACUACUUUAUCAACAAUUUACCCAACAAACAAAAGGGAAUAUAACAAAGUUCUACAAAAGUCCAAACUGAUAUUUUUGAACGGUUAACAGUACUGUAAAUAGAGAUAUUUUAUGUUACAGGUUGUUAAUGGUCAGAAAUGGCGCUUUGAAUAAUGCUUGCAAGCUGCCUUGGCACUUCUCAUGAAGUCAUCAAACUUUCUUGAAAUAUUUCUUAAAUUGUGCUUACGGCAAUAAACACGCUUCACAAAUUUGCACGUCGAAUGGCUGUCUUCAGGGUAGAGUGUCACUUUGCACAUACACUCCUUUUAGCAAAUUUAGCUAGCACAAAUAUGCGAUCCAACAAUUAUGCUUUAAAACAAGGGAACCUGCUGAUAUUUUACAAUAAGAAAUGUAAAGAUUCCUAUUUAUUUUGAACAUGUUAGAAAAAGGCAAAUGUUGUAAGUGACACCUGUAUUUUUUCAUAAUUUCAAAUUAUAUUCUGGGACCAUAAUGGCUAGUUUUAAAUCCAUCACCCCAAACCUCGUAUUUUGAAAAUUAACACCGACUCGACAGUUUAAGGCAGAUGUUGAUUUAAAAAAAAAUUGUAUUAGUUUGUUUAAGAUAGCAGCAAGUUUGCUACAGAUUACCCACACACCGUUUUAUUUAUUCCAAAGCAUCCCUGUGAUAUUUUACUAAGAGGGCAGGUCCAUUACGGGUUGUAAAUGAAAGACUCACGUAUUUAUUAAAAGAUGUUUGGGGGUGUUCAUUCGCCAAAUUCAAGUCAAAUACUGUGAAUUGGUAGUUUUUUUCUCGUUUUGUUUUGUUAUGCACUGCUUAAUGCAAGUUCCAAAUGUAAAGUUAGAAAGCACAAAAUCACGGUCUACUGGUCAUAUCAGGACACAUCAAAAAUAUAAGUUAGCAAUAUGAAGUAUGUUUUUUUUUUUUUUUGUAUACGUCUGUCCUCUGCUUCAGUGGUGGAGAUUGUUGGUCUUCAUUGACUCGUUUUUUUUUUUUUUUUGCACUUUUCUUCAAACGUCUACUUUGUAAACACUUUGUAAAGAUAUGUACAUUUUAGGAAAGUUAUUCUUGUAUGUCAUAGUAUGCUUUAAUGUUUAGGUCAAGUGUACUGUAUAUUUUUUUAACGGCUUAGUUGUCAUUGCUCAAUAAAACAACGUAUUGGAGUUAAUAAAUUUCAAAUUAAACUA